CGGAAGGAGGGAGGGGGGAGUUCGGCUCGGUUCGGCGCGCUUGUAAACAGGCAACAUGGCGGCGGCAGCGAAAGCAAUGAGGGCAGCGGCCAACCUCUUCCAGCGUCGAGGGCUUACGGCUGCGGGGGCUGCCGCCAUCGCAGGCCCAUCUUCUUCACCCCCUACUAUUCUGGGACUCUUAUCUUCGAGGGGUUUGGCGCCAGGGCGCUGCUCGGCCUUGUUCUCCGCUGCCAGAGGUUAUAGUUCUGAGGCGAAAGGUGGGGAGGAAGAGCUGCGGGUCCGCUAUUUGGACGAUGAGCAUAAAGGAAUCGUCGUACUUGGGUUGAACAGAGAACAUGCAAAAAAUGCACUUAAUAAACAUGUUGUAAAAAUGAUAUCAAAAGUUAUGGAAGCUUUGAAAACUGACAAAAAAGUACGGACGGUUAUAUUCCGAAGUGAAGUUCCUGGGGUAUUUUGUGCUGGUGCUGAUCUUAAAGAAAGAGCCAAAAUGCACUCUAGUGAAGUAAGCUCUUUUGUCUCAAAAGCAAGAGCAACUAUUAAUGAAAUAGCUAAUCUUCCAGUACCAACUAUUGCUGCAAUAGACGGCAUUGCAUUAGGUGGUGGCCUAGAAUUGGCUCUAGCCUGUGACAUACGAGUGGCAGCCACUUCUGCAAAGAUGGGUUUAGUUGAAACAAAGUUAGCAAUAAUUCCUGGUGCAGGAGGAACUCAAAGACUACCUCGUACAGUUGGAGUGUCUCUAGCAAAAGAACUAAUAUUUUCUGCACGAGUACUUGAUGGCGAAGAAGCAAAAUCAAUAGGAUUGGUUAGUCAUGUGGUGGAACAGAAUGAAGCUGGGGAUGCUGCCUAUAGAAGAGCUUUAGCCCUGGCAAGAGAAUUUUUAUCUCAGGGACCAGUAGCAAUGAGAGUUGCAAAAUUGGCCAUCAAUCAAGGAAUGGAAGUUGAUCUUCUAACAGGUUUAGCAAUUGAAGAGGCAUGUUAUGCUCAGACUAUCCCAACAAAAGACAGAAUUGAAGGCCUUCUUGCUUUUAAAGAAAAAAGACCCCCUCGCUACAAGGGAGAGUAGGGGGGGGGGGAACCAGAUGCCUUUUAAAAUGCAAAUGAAAUUGACAUACUGCUGGAAGGAAUUCCAGCUGUCUUUUUGCCUCACAAUAUGGAAUAUUGCAACCAUGAAAGUAAAUGUAAUUUCCCAUACGUUUAUCGCUGUAAUGUACUUAAAUAUGUAUUUAGCCUUAAAGAUUCUGAAGGCUUCUUUGUGUAUUUGCAAAAUCAUUGAUCUGUUCAGCACUUUAUUCCAUAUGUUUGAAUUUGCAUACCUUGUCCGUUAAAUACAUAAAUGCAUAAUAUACACAAAACUAAAAGUGACCAUUAAAUGUCUAAGUCUUCUGCUCUUGUGAUGAAAUAAUUUUAUUUUGCACACAAAAAAUGUGACAUAUAGAAUUUCUAAAUGAAUCAUGUUUCUUCUAAUGGUGAAUGUAUAAAUUUAAUAAUAAAGGUAACUGAAUUGAGAAGAAUGAGUGAUGAAGCAAUCGUAUUCUAAUGAUACAUAAAAUUAACCUGGAAACUAUUGCAACUGUUCUUUUCAGUGGUUUUUCAUUGUUACAUAUUAUCCCCAGCUAGGACAUAGAAUGACUCCUGCCUGACCAUCACUUGGAGGACCACCAUCAGUGAGAAUUUAUAACAGUGGGUUAGAUGGUCUAAUAGUCUGAUCCAGUAUGAGUCAUGUGCUCUUGCAUCAUCCUAAUGAUAUACAGGGUUAGAACCCAUCUAAGACCCUCUGUAACAGCUGCAUGACGUACAUAGCUGACUUGGGUUAAUGUGGCCUUGAAUUGUGUUAACAAAAGUUGCAGGAAACUCCAGAGCUUCCCUAUGUUUUGAAUGAACGUAAAUAGUUAUGCUAUGCAUGAAAAUGGCAGUAUGUUUUGCUCAAUGGUUGAAGUAACACUAGCUGGAGCAACGAGGCAAUCAAGGAAAGGGAGAAGGAGGGAGUGACAGUGGUAAGUGGCCUUGAAAUGAUAUUGUUCAAAGACUAUUAACAUGUAUAUAGUAAUAUAAUAAUGAUGAUGAUGAUGAUGAUGAUGAUGAUGAUGAUGAUGAUGUUGAUAAGAAGAAGAAGUUUAUUUGUAUCCCGCCUCCAUCUCCCCCGAAGGGGACUCGGGGCGGGUCACAGAAAUAUCAGAUACAAAAACAAUAACGAUAUACAAUAAAUCAACAAACAAUAAUAUAUA